UGGCGGUAGCGUCAGUAAGCAGCAGUAGUCCCGCGUUCAACUACUAGUCGGAACUAGAAUACUCGGAAAUUUGUAGUUAUACACGUUCCGCGUUCAACGAAUCAGCAAGUCGGACAUUUCAGAGUGUCAUAGUUCCGACUAGCAUUUUAACGCGGCGUAGGCGGGCAGGCACCCCUAUUGUGUACACUGGUAUGUUCUCCAACCGAAAAGGGAACGGAACACUCGCCACUGCUUGUUUUCCACCAGAGUUCUAACUUCGAAUCCGCGGUAGUCAUGCUGGAAGAGACACCGUCGCAGAUUUAGGCGACAUUAUCGGAGAUAAGAAACUAGUUCACCCAGACUACAAAGCAUUCCUAUUUUUUACGGCGGGUGGAAAGACGGCAUCCGGCCUGAAAAGAAACUCCGGGGACGGGGACACAGGUCGGGACAACGCACAUCGUUUCUGACCUCCCCUGCCAGAGAGCUCCAUGGAGAAGAUGAAGAAGUUUAGGAGGAGGCUGUCCCAGACUCUGCGAGGGAGUCAGACCAUCGAUGAGUCUCUGUCUGAACUGGCUGAACAGAUGACUACAGAGGAGAAUGGCAUCAAGGACAGCGGGACCAUGGUGCAUAACGGUCAUGGUCUUCCACCCUCGGCCCACAGUGUUCACUCCUUCCUGCACCAGUACACUAGUUCCUUCAAGAAGCCCCCACUACGGAGACCCCAGAGUGUCAUAGGAGGAGGAGGGCUAGGGUCUCUGGUGGCCAUGCAACGCAACGGCAGCCGCCUCGACAUCGUCCAUGAGAAUAUGAAGAUGGGCUCUGACGGAGAGAGUGACCAGGCAUCAGGGACGAGCUCAGACGAGGUUCAGUCCCCCACAGGGGUGUGUCUGAGGAACAGGGGCAACCGACGCAUCUCUGCAGAGGACCUGAACAAGCGUCUGUCCCUGCCUGCUGACAUCCGUAUCCCAGACGGUUACCUGGAGAAACUACAGCUCACCAGCCCCUCCUUCGACCAGCCCCUCAGCCGCCGCUCCCGAAGAGCAUCACUGUCUGAAAUUGGAUUCGGCAAGCUUGAGACCUACAUCAAACUGGACAAGUUAGGAGAGGGAACGUAUGCUACAGUGUUUAAAGGAAGGAGUAAACUGACAGACAACCUGGUGGCUCUGAAGGAGAUCAGACUGGAGCAUGAGGAGGGAGCACCCUGCACCGCCAUCAGAGAGGUGUCCUUACUGAAGGACCUGAAACACGCCAACAUAGUGACGCUGCACGACAUCAUCCACACAGACAAGUCCCUGACGCUAGUCUUUGAGUACCUGGACAAGGACCUAAAGCAGUACAUGGACGACUGUGGGAACAUCCUGAGCAUGCAGAACGUCAAGAUCUUCUUGUUCCAGAUCCUGCGAGGUCUGGCCUACUGUCACAAACGGAAGGUUCUACACAGAGAUCUGAAGCCUCAGAACCUGCUCAUCAACGAACGAGGAGAACUCAAACUGGCCGACUUCGGUCUGGCCCGGGCCAAGUCAGUUCCCACUAAGACGUACUCCAACGAGGUGGUGACGCUCUGGUACCGACCUCCUGAUGUCCUACUGGGAUCCUCGGAGUACUCCACACAGAUAGACAUGUGGGGUGUAGGCUGUAUAUUCUAUGAGAUGGCUGCCGGGAGGCCUCUGUUCCCUGGCUCUACUGUGGAGGACGAACUGCACCUCAUCUUCAGACUGCUGGGCACACCCUCAGAGGACAGCUGGCCUGGCAUCUCCUCCAUGGAGGAGUUCAAGUCCUACAAGUUUCCCAAGUACAAGACACAGCCCCUCAUCAACCAUGCUCCCAGGUUGGAUAUUGAUGGCAUUGAACUGCUGCUGUCAUUUCUCAAAUACGAGUCCAAGAAGAGGAUGUCUGCAGAUGAGUCGAUGAGACAGCCCUACUUCAGGAGCCUGGGGACAAGCGCACACACACUGCCAGAGAGCAUAUCCAUAUUUACACUGAAGGAGGUUCAGCUGCAGAGGGAUCCAGGUUAUAGGAACUCUAACUAUCCUGAGUCAGGCAACGGCAAGAACAGAAGGCAAAGCAUGCUCUUCUAGAAACUCUGAACGGUGGUGUGUUCAUCCUACCUACAUGAACAGUUAUACAGACAGAGGUGUUUCAGUCCCUGAGAUGGUUGUCUACAAGGGGCCACGGGGGGUAGGAGGACAACCCCUCAGCCCUGUGUGUGUUCCCCCUUUCUGCCAGGGGCCCCUAUCUACAGUACGGUUUGGCCCAUGGGGGCCCGGGCUAAUGUGAAACUGGCAAAAAAUAGAGACGUUUAUACAUUUAUAUUUAUUGGGGAUAAGAGAGAAUUUGCUGCUACAAAUCCAACUACUGUCUAGAAGAUUCUAACUGGCUCAGUCACUUUAAAAGAAAACAUGCAAUGUGUAUAGAUGUUUUAUUAUUUGGAAGUGGUGACAUUUUAAUUUUCUUUUGUGGUUUUGUCCAUUCAUUUCCGUUAUUUCCACCACAACACACUGUGUGACAGACAGAUAGAUCUUUGCUGUAGCAGAGUCUGACGUUUUGGGAUUUUCUCUUUUCUGUUGCCGUGCGUGGUGCUGUAUUCAAACACCAACCUCCAUAUUUCUGGACCAUUCAAUUCAUAUCACAAUAUACUGUAGAGGCCAGUACAGCCCUGGUGGAUGGUGACUAUCAUAGAGAUUGUUAUAUCUCUAUGGUGACCAUAUCCCAUAUCCACCUGCUGCCAACCUGAAAGACUGUACCUCCAUUUUGAUAGAAGAUAUGAGAGCAGUGAUCGGCUUGGUGAAAAUGGUUCGCAUAGUUGUUAGUAGGUAUAUGGAAUGUAGUAGGGGAGCUUCUACCCUAUUGCGCCCAACCAAGAUUUACAAACACCUACUGGUUAGAUCCAGAGGGAAGACGAUGGGGAAACAAUUGGGACCGUCUGGAUGAUUCCGGAUCAUUCCAGCAUGCUGUGGUCUCUUGUCAUGACUCAUGACCAAUGAAUGAACAAAAUCAGUAAGACAAAGACUUCGCUAUGUAGAAUUUAUGAUAUGGGCAUUACAGGAAGAUGUCAAAAAAUCGGACUUAUUUUUAUUCUUCAGAACACCAAGAGGCAUUGGCCAUGUUCCAGGUCACCUACAUUGCAGAUGAGUUGCUCAGGUUAUUAGAUUACUAAGUCAUAUUGAUGGGGGUUCCUGCAAUAUUAAAUGCUACUUUCUCAUUUGCAGAGAUGUGAUACAGAUCGAAUUGGUCAUAGAUCUUCUACAAAUGAGGAAGUAGUCUUUUUUAAAAUGUAAUUGCAGUAAAUCUAGCAGGUAGCUUAGUGGUUUAGAGCGUUGUGCCAGUAAACAAAAGG